ACAUUUUUUUCUUUAGACCUGACUAUUCUUAUGUUUGCAGCUUGUUUUACACUACCACACCUGAAAUAUCGAUACAUAAAAAAUGAACUAAAUCUAUUGACGCAUUUUAGAAAGAUCAACUCAUUGACGGUGACAUUGCGCCCUCUCUCGAAGGGAAAGCAUAAUGCAUAGGCCUAUCUUCCUAUAAAUUGUAUUACUUAGCCUGUACAAGACAUGGCACUUCAUUACAAAUAAUAGCAGGAUAUUCUUAUUACCCUCUUACAUUCUUUCAGUUGUGGUAGUUUAUUAGAAAGGUGCAAUGGUGUAUUUGUUAUGGGUUAAAAUCGAGAUGGGGAGCCAAAUGUAGCGACUUUUCAACUAGGAUUUCUCAAAAUUGCGUCGGUAGAUUUUGUUCAUUCUUUGUGUGUGGAUAUUUCAGGUGUGGUGGUGUAAAACUGAAAUUCUAUAUAGAAUAUGCCAAAAGCGUGAAUAUGGACAUUCGCGCGAAUAACUUCAAAUGGAGUGAACAGAAGUAAACGGACACCGUAAACCUAAGAAUAGUCGAGUCCAAAGAAAAAAGCGACGGAUAGCUUGACGCCGGUCUGUUUGGGUGCUGCUGCCUACUUGUCAUCGCUGUGUUUACACUGGACAGUCAAGUGCAAUGCAGUGCGAGUGCUGUCUUAAGCCUCGUAGCUGGUGAGAGAGCCGCUGUAACUGGAAGAGUAGUCCUUUCCAACUCGCUGAUCAGGAGAGUUGGUAAAACGAGAACAGGGAAACAGGUCCUCACCCUGUUUUGGAUGUUAUAACUUAGCUAUCCUCACUGCAGACAUGGCAGCAGCAACUGUAGUUGAAGCUGAUCUCACGGCGACCGACGGGGGUACAGCGUUUUCUGAGGUCCACAAUUCGAACUGGACCGACAAUCAAUUACGAAAGUACCCUUUCCAAACGAGACCUAUUCCCCGACUGUCUCAUGCAGACCCACGAGCCGAGAUGCUGAUAGAUAAUGAGGAACCUGUUGUUCUUACGGACACCAACUUAGUAUUUCCUGCGCUAAAGUGGGAUGUAAAUUAUCUGCAGGACCACAUUGGGAGUGGAGAUUUCUCAGUCUAUAUCGCUGAAAACCACAAAUUCCUGUAUUAUGAUGAAAAGAAAAUGGCUAACUUUGAGAACUUUGAACCCAAGUCCCAACGAGUUGACAUGAAAUUUUCUGAAUUUGUGGACAAAAUGCAAAAAACUGAACAACUUGGAGGAACGGAAAGGGUUUACCUGCAGCAGACAUUAAACGACACAGUUGGAAGAAAUAUUGUGGUCGAUUUCUUGGGUUUCAAUUGGAACUGGAUCAAUAAGCAGCAGGCUAAGCGGAGUUGGGGACAGUUAACUUCAAACCUUUUGCUCAUUGGCAUGGAAGGCAAUGUGACACCAGCACAUUAUGAUGAGCAGCAGAAUUUCUUUGCACAAAUCAGAGGUCACAAGAGGUGUAUCCUGUUUCCACCUGACCAGUUUGAAAGUCUCUAUCCCUUUCCUGUUCAUCAUCCCUGUGACCGACAGAGCCAGGUUGACUUUGAAAACCCUGACUAUGAAAAGUUCCCUAAUUUCAAAGACGUCGUUGGACACGAAGCUGUCGUGGGCCCUGGGGAUGUGUUGUACAUCCCAAUGUACUGGUGGCACCACAUCGAGUCCCUUUUAAGUGGGGGAGUUACAAUUACAGUUAACUUCUGGUACAAGGGUGCUCCUACUCCAAGGAGGAUAGAGUACCCUCUUAAGGCUCACCAGAAAGUGGCCAUCAUGAGGAACAUUGAGAAGAUGCUGGGAGAAGCUUUGGGAGACCCUCGCGAGGUUGGGCCAUUGCUGAAUAUGAUGAUCAAAGGGCGUUAUGAUCAAGAUCUUAGUUAGUUUCUUCUCAACUAAACUGGAUGCUGCUGGAUGUGUUUGGUUGCGUGGUCUGACUGCAGAACUGUCGAUGCAUGGCAGUGCUCAAGUACUUCAAGCAACCCAUGUCUGCUCACGGUAUUUGAUUCUUUCUGGCUUAAAACUGAGCAAACGUCUUUGUUAGGAGAGGCCUUUAACACGGAGCAUUCAACCUCGUUUGGGUUGAAACGAAAGAAUUAAAAGUGCCCAAAGCUUCUAAGUUGGCCUUGCCUCUUGCUUCAGCAUAACCUUGGCAGUCAUUGGGUUCUUUUUGUUUCAGAGAGUUUGUUCUGCUCCUGAAAUUUACUUUGAUGACAUUCAUUCUGUGGUUAUAUAUGAGUUUACAAGCUUGGCAAUUAUGAAUAUAUAGUAUUAAUAAAAUGGUUUAUAAAAAUUGCCAAAUAUUGUGUUUUACAAACACUGAAGGAGUGUGUAAUCAUUUCCUAGAAAUUGUUUGAUUCAAAUGUAAUUGCUGAACAUUUCUUGUUUGAACAUAGAGUUGAUGGUAUUUUUAUAUAAUGAUUUUGUGUACACUUUUGUUAAAUGUGUUGUGUCUAUUGUUAUUUUUUUUUUUCCUGAAUGUGGUACAUCAAAACAGUUGACAACCCAAGAAAGAUACUUUAGCAUUAGUUGCCAGAAAGAAACAAGAAAAUAUGACAACCGUGGUAAAAGGUAUAUUGUUUUACCAUGAAAUUGCAAAUGUGUUAAAUGGCACAGUUUAACGUGGGGAGCUUCUUAUUCGCUAAACUGAAUUGUUACGAAUGUUUUAGAUGAGGGUUUCCCUGUUUUGCCCAUAUUGAUACACAUAACAUGGUGUAGCUGUGGAAUUCAUUAAAAAAUCAUUUGAUUUGUACAUUCCUAUAAAAUGCAUUGAAAAAUAUCCACUUAUAUGUUGUCAUACAAUGUAUAUGGAUGAAGAAUCAAAGCUAGAGUAUAAUCACUGAAUUUGAUUUCGUCAUAAACAAAUGUCUAAACAGGCUUUUCUUCACUUGUUUGUUUCUGCUUUGCCGUGUUGUGUAAAAGGGAUGUCUGUGUCAACAUUCAGGAAACGGUUGCCCUUACAGGAUUGAGUGAAGGAUUGGUUUUCAUAGAAUACACGUUGAGCCUUUUUUUUUUACUUGAGAUCGUUGGCCAGAACACAUGUGGACAUUAUUUUGUUGGUCAAAUAACACAUCCUACUAGUUUUGUGGAGUUUAUCCAUAAAUACAUAUUAAUAUAUUUCAAAUUGUUCACUAGAGGGCUGACAACUGAGUAUGGUUAACGUUUAAACCAUCCUUAUAGUAAACUUUACUGUGUGCCAAAUACUUUUUCAAGCAUUUGGUCUGAUUUCUGAGAAUAUCUGUUGUCUCUUUAGACUUUUGAUACAAACAGCUGCAAAUAUUCCCCCCAAACAAGAAUACCACUGAAUGAUGAUGGAAAUCAAAUGCAUUUCCAAAACUCUCAAUAGAAGUGCACAUUUGCUAGUCUGAGAUUAGACAUGACCUGACUUGAUCCCAGCUAUAUGGAGCAUUAAAGCACUUUUUGAAUGUUCUGAGGGCUAUCUCUAUACAUCUGUAAAACAUCUGGGUUUUUUCUAGCCUCUGAAAUACUCUGAAACAUGUUUCUGCCGCCUUGAAGACUGAACCUUUGUUGUGUUGUGCACUGAUUUACCCUGAAUACCCACUACAGGAUGCAUUCAACUGGUUGUUAACUAAAAGUACUAAAAUAAACAAUAAUUCAAUAUAAUAUGUACCUUUCUUACUGAGUAAACUCUUGUGACUAGAAAUACACAUUCUGAAUUUAUUAGCGUUUACUAUUUUGUCACAGCCUGUUCUUUUGUAUAUGUACAUGAAUUGAAAUCACUUGAAGAAAUAAAAUGGAUUGUUUCUGAAAA